AUGCGGGGUCGCGCUGCGAACGAGAACCUGGGGUCAGGACGGGUCAGGGACCACCGGCGGCGAGAAAUCAAAUGGUGGAGUUACUCACCGGCGUUCGGUUCUUGGCAAAAUUCCGGCGCCGCAAGGGUUGUGGUCGAGGAUAGAGGGCUCGAGGAGCGUCCCGGCGGCAAGGCGAAGCUUCUGGGAUGCUUGGCGAGGGCUCCGGAGGACUUGAACCAUGCCAGGCUUGACCUCAAGACGGCCAACAACCAGGUGGUCGUCCUGGGCGUCCAACUCAAAAGCACCACCGAUGAAGGGGCCCAGCUUCGUGAAGUCGCCGAGAAGCGGGAGGAGGAGAUCAUUGCCCUCCGCAUCGAGAGGACCGACCUACAAAACCUGCUGGCGGCUGAGCAAGGCAAGUACGCCGAGGCCCUCACCAAAAACCAGGAGAUGGCGAAGCUCAUCAACGAGAUGAAUGCUGAGGUGAAAGAGAUCGUCAUGGCGCUUGACCAGUCUAGGAGGUCAGACGAGGCAGCUCGGAAGGCUCUCUAGCAGAGGGAAAACGCCUACCAGGUCGUGGUUCAGGCCGUCGAGCGGCUGCUGGGGGAACUUGGGGUAGCGGCUGGCGCGUCGUUGGUGGAGCGCAUCGGCUCCGCCCCAGGAAGGACUUGGGAACAAACCAUAGAGCUAGCGCGGAGCGUGGUAUGCAAAAUCGUUGCCAUGUUCUUGUCGCACUAUCCCAAGAUGGAGCGCGAGCCCCUGAGCGGCAGAUGGGCUCCUGGCUAUGAAGACCUCGAGUACGACGAGAUUGAAGCCGGCGCCACCGCCUUUGCCGGCGCCGUAGCUGUCGUUGCCAUG